CCGGGACCCCGCGCCGGAGCCCGAGCCGGGUCCCGAGCCCCGCGCGGCUCAUGGCGGGGCCACGGGGCGCGCUGCUGGCCUGGUGCCGCCGCCAAUGCGAGGGCUACCGCGGCGUGGACAUCCGCGACCUGAGCAGCUCCUUCCGGGACGGCCUGGCCUUCUGCGCCAUCCUGCACCGGCACCGGCCCGACCUGCUAGAUUUUGAUUCGCUUUCCAAGGACAAUGUCUUCGACAAUAACCGUUUGGCCUUUGAAGUGGCUGAGAAGGAGCUGGGGAUCCCCGCUCUCCUGGACCCCAAUGACAUGGUCUCCAUGAGUGUCCCUGACUGCCUCAGCAUCAUGACCUACGUGUCCCAGUAUUACAACCACUUCGUCAGCCCUGGCCAAGCUGGUGUCUCAUCACCUAGAAAGGCCCAGGCACCCUCCUCCCCGCCAUCCGAAGCACCUCCUCUAGCAGAACCAGAAGACAGGGCUCAGGGCGAGGAACUGUCGUCGGGCAGCCUGUUGGAGCAGGGCGCCCGGCAGACCCCCAGCAGCACGUGCGCCGCCUGCCAGCAGCACGUGCACCUGGUCCAGCGCUACCUGGCCGAGGGCAAGCUGUACCACCGCCACUGCUUCCGGUGUCGGCAGUGCUCCAGCACCCUGCUCCCCGGAGCUUACAGAAGUGGGCCUGAGGAAGGCACCUUUGUGUGCGCGGAGCACUGUGCCAGGCUGGGCCCCGGGGGGCGGUCGGGGGCCAAGUCCGGGCCCCAUCUGCAGCCAAAGCAGCAGCAACUUGCAGAAGAAGUCAGGGAUGUGGACGGAGGCGGCGCGGGUGCCAGUGCGCCCGCAGAGGCUGAGGUGGCUGUCCCCAAGGCCAGCCCCGAGGCCCGGCCCCAGAUCCCCACCAAGCCCCGGCUUCCAAGCAAACCACAGGAACUGGGCAGCUUCCCGGCCGGCCGCCCCACGCCUGCCCCGAGGAAGGCCCCCGAGAGCCCAGCCCUGACACCCCCCACGCCCCGGCCCCGGUCCAGUCUGCAGCACGAGAAUUUGGCUGAGCAGGGUGGCAACAGUGGCCUAGUAAAUGGAAGGCUACACGAACCCCCUGUCCCCAAGCCGAGAGGGACGCCCAAGCUGUCAGAGAGGACACCAGCCCCCAGGAAAGACCCCCCAUGGAUCACACUGGUGCAGGCAGAGCCAAAGAAGAAGCCAGCCCCCCUCCCUCCGAGCAGCAGCCCUGGCCCUCCGAGCCGGGACGGCAGGCAGGUGGAGAAUGGAGGCGUGGAGGAGGCGGCCCAGCAGAGCCAGGUGACAGGUGGCCCGGAGCCCAAGCCCUACAACCCCUUUGAGGAGGAGGAGGAGGAGGAGGACCCCCCAGCUGCACCCAGCCUGGCCGCUGGCCCUGCCCUGGCCCACUCGGCCGAGUCCACACCCAAGUCCCUGCACCCCUGGUAUGGCAUCACCCCCACCAGCAGCCCCAAGACGAAGAAGCGCCCUGCCCCCCGCGCGCCCAGCGCAUCCCCACUUGCUCUGCACACUGCCCGCCUGUCACACUCAGAGCCGCCCUCGGCAGCCCCGUCGCCAGCCCUCAGUGUGGAGAGCCUGUCCUCCGAGAGCUCCAGCCGGACCCCCUCUGGGGAGCUUCUGGAACCCCCAGUUGUGCCCAAGAGCUCCUCGGAGCCUGCAGUCCAUGCCCCUGGCACCCCUGGGACCUCUGCCAGCCUCUCUGCCGACUCCUCCUCCCUGUCCUCCUCUGGGGAACUGGUGCAGCCCAGCGCGGACCAGACACCUCAGGCCAGCCCUGGCCUUGCCCCCGGUACGAGGGGCAGCCCGGCUCCCCAGCCAGCCAAGCCCUGCAGUGGCGCUGCCCCCACCCCUCUCUUACUGGUUGGAGACAAGAGCCCCGUGCCUUCCCCUGGAACCUCAUCCCCGCAGCUCCAAGUAAAGUCUUCUUGCAAGGAGAACCCUUUUAACCGGAAGGCGUCACCCACAGCAUCCCCAACCACAAAGAAGACCACCAAGGGAUCCAAGCCAGCCAGACCACCUGCCCCGGGACACGGCUUCCCCCUCAUCAAGCGCAAGGUCCAGGCCGACCAGUACAUCCCCGAGGAGGACAUCCAUGGAGAGAUGGACAUGAUCGAGCGCCAGCUAGAUGCCCUGGAACACCGUGGGGUCCUGCUGGAGGAGAAGCUGCGGGGCGGCGUGACCGAGGGCCGUGAGGAUGACAUGCUGGUGGACUGGUUCAAGCUCAUCCACGAGAAGCAUCUGCUGGUGCGGCGGGAGUCAGAGCUCAUCUAUGUUUUCAAGCAGCAGAACCUGGAGCAGCGCCAGGCGGAUGUAGAGUAUGAGCUCCGGUGUCUUCUCAACAAGCCAGAAAAGGACUGGACAGAGGAGGACCGGGGCCGAGAGAAGGUGCUGAUGCGGGAGCUCAUGACCCUCAUCGAGCAGCGCAACGCCAUCGUCAACUGCCUGGAUGAGGACCGGCAGAGGGAGGAGGAGGAAGACAAGAUGUUGGAAGCCAUGAUCAGGAGGAAAGAGUUCCAGAAGGAGGCUGAACCCGAGGGCAAGAAGAAGGGAAAGUUCAAGACCAUGAAGGUGCUGAAGCUGCUAGGAAACAAGCGGGAUACCAAGAGCAAGUCCCCAGGGGACAAGAGCUAACAGCGAGGGCAACCAGCUGGGACUUCCACCCCCCCUGGUGCACGCAGCCCCUGGGCUGUGGUCUGCUCGGGGGGCACCCUGCUUCCCAUCGGGAUCGGUCCCAGGGAAAGAUGAUGUCAGGGGAGGGGGCCUCUGGGUGACAGCCUCUCCCUCCUCAGGGUCCUCUGGCUGGUCUGGGCCAAAGAAUUUUCUUCCCUCUUCUCGGGGCCGCAUGUAGCUGUGGCUCAGCCCUGCCCGGUCUGGUUCUGAUGACUCCGGAUGCUGUGACUGACCCAAGGAGCAAGCAGGGCCCUGAGUCCAGGGAGUGGCGGGGGCUGAGCACCCCAGCCUUGCGUCCCACCCACCGCCUGCCGUGACAGGCAGCCCCUGGGUCCCUCUUCCCUUCUGUACCAUGUCCAGAUGGGAUUGUUAGCUGUCAAAUUUCUGACCCAAAGGUCCUUCCACUCACGCGGUCUGCCUGUGGUGGACCUCUCGCCCGGGUCUCCUGCCUUCAGGGCUCUGCUGCUCUUGGCAGGCCGCAGGCCUGGCUUGGCCGCACUGGCUUCUUCCCGCCCCAGCCCUGGCUCUGAGUCCCCGUUUUCCUUCCCCGUGCAGGUGGCCCUGAAUCUGUUUCUCCUCGCUCAGGAGCUCUAUUUAUGAAGUCUAAUUAGGUUUGAGCUUGUUACUGUGUCCUCAGACACGAAUGGGCCUGAUGGACAAAUGCGUCCCUCUGUCCCUCAAAGCUCUAGGAGGUGCUUCUCUUGUCUUCCCUC